GACUACGAAUUUGUAACCAUAGAUUUGUCCAAGGGCGAGCAGAAAUCGGCCGAGUUCAAGAAGAAACAGCCGUUCGGCGUCAUUCCUGUGCUGGAAGACGAGGAUGUUGAGCUUUUCGAAUCCCGAGCCAUCGCACGAUACGUCGCCGACAAGUACGCUGAACAAGGCACGAACCUCCUCGGCUCCACCCUCAAGGAGCGUGCCCUGGUGAAUUUGUGGCUGGAAGUUGAGUCUCAAAACUACAACCCCCCUAUUUCCGGGCUGAUAGCUGAGAAGAUUUUCAAGCCCAGGAAGGGACUGACCACAGACGAGGCCAAGGCAGCGGAAUACAAGGCAAAGCUCUCUCAAGUCCUUGACGUGUACGAAGCACGCUUGGCUUCAAAUGACUACCUGGCUGGCUCCUUCUUUUCCUUGGCGGAUCUAGUCCACCUGCCUUACACUGCCAUGCUCUGGGUGUCUGGCGAUUCUGAUGUGAUAACGUCACGGCCUAACGUGGUGGGCCUGGGAGCAUCAGGCAGAGCAGCAGCGCGCCUGGCCCUAGCGAGGGGUGCUGCUGCUGUGAUCGGCCUGGACAGGAGGACAGACGCCAAGGCACUGGAGGACGAUCCAAGCGUAUGGGAUGGGCUUCCAGAACCCGCCUCCUCUCCUCCCCUCAUCUCCCGCCUCUCCACCCAUCUGGGUCCGCACCCCCUCCCCCUCCUCCUCUCUGCCUCCCUCGUCGUCCUGUCUCCUGGAGUACCACUUUCAGAGUCCACGAUAAGCCAGGCGCUGUCUCAGGGCGUGCCGAUGCUGUCUGAGCUGGCAUUCGCCUAUGACAGCCUGCCACCUGGAAUGCCCAUUGCUGCCGUCACAGGGACCAACGGCAAAUCCACUGUCGCCACGUUUGCAGGCCAGAUUCUCGAGUCCAUUGGAAUCCACACAUUUGUGGGCGGCAAUCUGGGCACGCCCCUCUCACUGGCCGCCCUCGAAUGUGUCAUGGCGUCACAGCAUGGUCACACCGGCACCUCCAACCCCUUCCACGCAGCAGUGGUGGAGGUGAGCAGCUACCAGAUGGAGUUGCCUGGAAGGUUCCGUCCCAAGGCUGCGGUCAUUCUGAACCUCACGCCGGACCACCUGGAGAGGCACGGCAACAUGGAGAGCUACGGGGCGGCAAAGUGUCAUCUGUUUGCGCGCAUGGGGGAGUCUGAGGUGGCAAUCAUUCCAUCAGAUGACCCUCUGCUCACCCGGCUGGCAGGGGAGGCAGGGGGCCAUCCCAGCAUGGCGUGGCUGGGCCAGCUACCCGGGUGCACUGUGAACCACGAAGACAGAACCGCUUUGCUGCAGCUGCCACUCUCCACAACCAGUGCCAGUGCUGACAGUGGCAGGGAGAGCAGCAGUGGGGGCAGGGAGAGCAAGGAGAGCAGCAAGGGGCACGGCAGCAGCACAGGAGACCAAGCCCCUGUGCUGGCUCUGGAUCUGUCCGCGUUACAAGCUGUGGGCAGGCACAACGCGGAGAAUGCGGCUGUAGCGGCGCUGCUGUGCCUGGCGCUGGGGAUGGAGAGCAGUGGAGUGCGGUUGGAAGGGGUGCAGAAUGCAGUGAAGGUGUUGCAGCCACCACCACACCGUAUGGAGCUGGUGGUUGUGGACGGUCAGGAUCGUGCGUGGAUCAACGACAGCAAGGCCACCAACGUGGAGGCAUCAACGGCUGGGAUCGAAGGGCUGGGAGAUGAAUCCACGGCUGUUAUUCUGCUGGGAGGAAUAGCUAAGGUCUUCAAGUCCCUCGCAGCAACAGAUGAAGGAGGAGCAUCUGACGCCUCCCCUCCGGGCUUCUCCAAGCUUGUCCCCGUGCUCAACCGCCAUCGAGCCGUGAUCACUUUUGGCCAAUCAGGCCCGUCUAUUGCAAGUGAGCUCACAGCCGCGGGUCUCGCAGUCGCUGUCAUUCCGUGCACCACAAUGGAGCACGCCAUGCAUGCUGCUGCCCAGACAGGCCUCCCGG